CUCAUUCUCCCUCUUGCCAUCGUCUCGCGAGAAGCUUAGUAGAAAGUAGAGGGAAGAAGAAAAAAAAACAGGGAAAAAAGGACAGAAAAGGUAGCAGAAGGACGUGGCUAAUGCGUAGAAGUAGGGGGAAGGCCUGUCAUGUCGCUGUUCCUCUCUCUUUUACUGAAUUUGUCCCUGAAUUUAGCGUCAAAUCACUUCAUUUCUCUAUCUUUCGCCCUUUCCCUCAUUAGGCUAUUGGAUGAACAUUUCUCCCGUUUUUUAGCCUUUGGAUAGCAUUUUAGAUAUUUAGGAGGCAGCAGGCGUUGGUGGGUUAGAGGAAGAAGCUCUCGUUGCUGUGGAACUUAACAGAGGCGUUGCUCAUCUCAGAGGUCUAGUUAAAAUGACGAAAGGUGAGGACUUUAAGCUUCUGAAGAUACAGACCGUUAGUCUCAAAGUGAACCUGCACUGUGAUGGCUGUAAGCAGAAUGUGAAGAAGAUCCUUCAGAAAAUUGAAGGAGUUUACACAGUCGCCAUUGAUUCAGAGAAGCAGAAGGUUACAGUUUCAGGAAAUGUGGACGCAGCCACACUUAUCAAGAAACUAGCAAAAUCUGGGAAGCAUUCAGAGCUCUGGAAUCAGAAACCUAUUAACUCCACAAAUAAUCAAAAUCCCAAACCAAACAACAAUCCUCACCCACAUCAGUCUCAGCCCAUCAAAACCAGCUCUGCUAAGAACAACAAUGACAGUUCUGGCAGCAACAAGCCUCAAAUAACCCAACCCCUCCUGCAAGGUCUCAAGACUUUCAAGAACCAGCAGCCCAAGCUCGAAUGUUUCAGCUCUGGUGAUGAAUUUUGCGAUGAAGACAACGAUGGGGAUGAUGAAGAUGACCUCAACUUUCUGGGCCAUAAGUUGAACCUUAUGAAGCAGGUAAAUCCAGUAAGGAAAAACGGUAAGAAUGAAGCAGGGUCGAACCAGAAAAAUGGAGGGAUGAUGAAGACUCCAAACUGCUCAGAACUGAAUGGAGCAACAAACACCAAGGCGAUGAGUAAUCCAAUCAUGACUAAUGGGAUUUUGGGAUUUGGAGCUCUUCAAGGUCUCAAUAAUGGCUUCCCUUCCUCUGUUACUAACUUCAGUGGCAGCCAUGGCAAUCCUUCUCUUCAAGGUCUCAAUAAUGGCUUCCCUGCAACUGUUACUAACUUCAGUGGCGGCCAUGGCAAUCCUUCUUCCAUGAUUAUGAAUGAAAGCAGGUAUAUGCAGCCGCAGGUGAUGUAUAAUAUGUCUCCUCAGAUUCCUCCCUAUACUGGCUACUACCCCUACCCGUACUGCUACAACAUUAACUACUGCAGUGACAACAUGAGUCAUCCAUUAGAGGAUUGUGGAGCUUUCAGUUACAGUAGUGAUGAGGACAAAAGCAGUUGUGCUGUUAUGUGAGUGGAGAGGAAGGAGGAGGAGGAGAUUUCUGUAGUGAUGUGAUGAGUAGCUCUGCUCAUUUGCCUUUCUUUUUUUCUUUUUUUCUCUAGGGAUGGUUUGGAAUAGUGUUCUACUUUAGUUGCAGUGAAGAUUAUGUUUGCUGUAAGAGUGUUUUGACUUUUAGUGUCAACAAAAUUGACUCUUUGUGAGAAGUGAAUUGAU